GCAGUGAGGCAAGAUAUUUAGUUUUGUAUGGAAAAUCUUUUAGUUUUGUUAUUUAAUGUUUUAUUAAAUACCAAUAACAUUUGUAUGUGAAAAAAAUACGAUAAUUCGAACAGUGUAAGAGUUAUCUGACAUAAUGCGUUAAAUCUAAUUAAUUUACUGAUAAUAAAAGCUCAGCCGGUGUUAAAUAAUAUUUAAUUGUGACAUUGUAUUUCUCGUGUAAUGGGAGAACGUAAUUGGCGACCGUUUAUUUACGGUGGAUUAGCGUCCAUAGUUGCAGAAUUCGGCACAUUCCCUAUCGAUACAACCAAAACUCGUCUUCAAAUCCAAGGACAGAAGAUAGAUCCUCGUCAUGUUGAACUACGGUAUACUGGGAUGGUGGACUGCAUCAUCAAAACUUCCAAGCAAGAGGGUGUCAAGGCUUUAUAUUGUGGCAUUUGGCCGGCGGUGCUGCGACAAGCGACGUAUGGCACGAUUAAGUUUGGUACCUACUAUACGCUGAAGAACGCGCUCGCCAAGAGACGAGCGGACGGUGGAACGAAGGAGCACCUCCCUACGAACACUUUCUGUGCUGCCUUUGCGGGUGGACUGUCCAGUGCUAUUGCCAACCCUACCGACGUACUAAAAGUGCGGAUGCAGAUGGGCGAGGAGAAGCGCAACCUGGUGCGUUGCUUCCUGGACAUAUACCGCACGGAGGGUCGCGGCGGGCUGUGGCGCGGCGUGGGGCCCACGUCGCAGCGCGCCGCCGUCAUCGCGGCCGUGGAGCUGCCCGUGUACGACGCCGCCAAGCGCCGCCUGCUGGGCCCGCUCGGAGACUCGCCGCCCAACCACCUGCUGUCCAGCCUGCUCGCCUCGCUGGGCAGCGCCGUGGCCAGCACGCCGCUAGACGUCUUGCGGACGCGGCUAAUGAACCAAAGAAAAAUUUUAGAUCACCAAAUAAGGACAAACGAAAUAAUUUACAAAGGAACCGUCGACUGUCUCCUGCAGACGGUGCGCAGCGAGGGUGCGCGCGCGCUGUACAAGGGGUUCGUGCCGACGUGGCUGCGGAUGGGGCCCUGGAACAUCAUAUUCUUCAUUACCUACGAGCAGCUCAAGCAGCUCUACUAGGACUCCGCACGCAGCCGCGCUGCUGCCCGCGCACUCGUGCGACGAAACGAUAAGUCCUGAUGCCGCCACGUGUCGGGGCUCCCGCGGCGGACACCACACGCGGCUGCUCACACAGUUGAGUCCACUAGUGAGCAACACGGCGCGGCCGGCGCGAGAUCACUUCUAGUCUACGGGAGGUGGGCGUGGCUCGGUCCCCACAGGCAGCACAGUGACGUCACUGUGCACGUGUGCUGGCAGGCGCGGUAGUCAGAUAUGCAUUGUGAUACUAACUAGGUUAUUUAGCUUAAUGAAUGUAUUGAUACAUAUAUCAAUAGAUUUUUAGCAGAAAAAUAUGUAAAAGGGCUGAGUUAAUUGAGUAGUGGCACCUGUUAGUAAGAGAACCGUUCGGGCACACUGGCACCACCAGUGUUGUCCUUAUUUACUGAGCCGUAAGGUUCAUAACUAAACGUUAGGUUUUACUAAAAGCGUGUUUAUUGUAAUAGUAGCUGAAUGAAUAGGUCGCUUCGAAUAUUUGAAAUCAUUUCCCAAAUAAAUGCUUUUAUUAUUUUUGUUAAGGGUAAGCUAAAAUGUAUUCACAUUGAAGUAUGAAUAAGAUCGAAUGUCGUGUGAUCGGUUGUUAUCUGAGAAUGAAUUCAAUCAAGUAAUAGCACUCAGCGUACUCAGACGUAUCGAACGUAUCCAGUAUAUUUACUGCGAGUUUUUAAACGUUCUCGAUAGCGUAAGAGUUAAUUCAAAUUUGUAUGCAGUUGGAACAGCGCCCCUAGCGGCAAACGUAGGCUAACGUUCCAAUUGCAUACAUAUCUGAGUAAACUUUUAAGCUAUCGAGGACGUUAAAAAGCUUGCACUAGGCAUACUGCAGUGUCGGUGCGGCCCCUCGCCAGC